GUUUUGAAGAGAGAAACGGCCGUAAUGAGAGUUAUCUUCGUGGCACUGCUGCUUGUAUACGCGUCAGGGAGCGGGGAAGCGGCUGGCGCGAAAGGAAGCCGCUUCGUGUGCACUGCAGUGCCCGCGGGCGCCGACCUCAGUUGCCCGGUUGAAACGACCAACCGGGUCCAAAGCACCAGUCCGCAGGAGGAAGAGUUACGGAAUACUAUCAUCCAACUUCGAGAGACCAUCCUGCAGCAGAAGGAAACUAUCGUCAGUCAGCAGGGCACCAUCAAAGAGCUCAACUCCAAACUCGCGCGCUGCGAGGCUGAAGCCAAGUCGCGAGGCAGCGCGCGCAGGAAGGAUUAUAGUAAAAACACGAUGGGCGAUCUGCCGCGUGACCCCACCGAGACCGUGGAGCAGCUGGGAAAGACCAUGCAGAGCCUGAAAGACCGGCUGGGAAACCUGGAGCAGCAGCUGCGUACCAACACAUCAGGUGGACCAUUUCCCAGCGAGCUGAGAGACCUGCUGAAGCGGCGUCUGAGUGACCUGGAGAGCCAGCUGCUGACCAGAGUGGCCGAACUCGAGGACGAGAAGAGCCAGCUGUACAACGAGACGACCGCACACCGCCAGCGCACCGAGAACACCCUCAACUCACUGCUGGAGAGGAUCACCGAGCUGGAGAAAAGUAACAAUGCGUUCAAAUCUCCAGAGGACUUUAAGGUGUCUCUGCCUCUGCGCACCAACUACCUGUACGGCCGCAUAAAGAAGAGUCUGCCAGAGAUGUACGCCUUCACCGUGUGCAUGUGGCUCAAGUCCAGCGCCAGCCCUGGAAUCGGAACCCCGUUCUCUUAUGGUGUCCCGGGACAAGCCAAUGAGAUUGUGCUGAUAGAGUGGGGAAACAGCCCCAUGGAGCUGCUCGUCAAUGAUAAGGUUGCUCAGCUUCCCCUCUCCGUGAGUGACGGCCGCUGGCAUCACAUCUGCAUCACCUGGACAACCAGAGAUGGCUUCUGGGAGGCCUAUCAGGAUGGAGAGAGACUAGGGACCGGAGAGAACUUGGCCCCCUGGCACCCAAUUAAACCUGGAGGAGUCAUUAUCCUGGGCCAAGAACAGGACAUCGUAGGUGGGAGAUUUGAUGCCACUCAAGCUUUCGUAGGAGAGUUAAGCCACUUCAACAUGUGGGACAGAGUACUGCGUCCUAUAGACAUCUCAGCUAUGGCCAACUGCUCAGCCUACAUGCCUGGCAACGUGGUGCCGUGGGUCGAUGCCAACGUGGAGGUAUUUGGCGGUGCCACAAAAGCAGCAUUGGAGAUUUGUGAAGACCGUCUCUUUGAUUCCUAAGGACACGUCUGUCGGUUUGAAAGCGUUCUCGUUAUAGAGGUAACACGCAUCCCGAUAUUGCUCUGCGAACUUACAGAGAGACAAAGACAGAAGCACAUGUUUACAUAUUUUCACAUAAUGGAUUAUUUCGUCCUCUAUUCUGCUUUAUGUUUGUUGAGACUUUGCUGUCAGCCUGACCAAUAACUAAAAUGACUGACU